AUGAUCAACCUAUCAGAAUAUUCUUUAUAUGAAAUAGAAUUUGAUCAAAUCAUUCCUCCUAUUCCCUACCCGCUUUUGUCAUCUAGCAAAGAUGCUCCAAUUCGACCAGAUAUUGUGAGAUUUGUUCACACAAACAUUUCCAAAAGUAACCGUCAACCUUAUGCAGUAUCAUCAAAAGCCGGGCAUCAAACCUCAGCAGAAUCUUGGGGUACUGGACGUGCUGUUGCUCGUAUUCCUCGCGUUUCUGGUGGAGGUACUCAUCGUGCUGGACAGGGUGCUUUUGGUAACAUGUGUCGUGGUGGUCGCAUGUUUGCACCUACAAAAAUUUGGCGUAAAUGGCAUGUCAAAACUAAUCUUAACCAAAAGCGAUUCGCCACAGCAUCAGCUUUGGCAGCAUCAGCCAUUCCGUCUCUUGUAUUGGCACGAGGUCAUAGAAUUGAAGAAAUUCAAGAGAUACCACUCGUUAUUGGAAAUGGCAUUGAAUCUUUAGCCAAAACCAAAGCGGCUGUUAGUCUUUUAAAGGCAGUUCAUGCUUAUAGGGAUGUAGUUAAAGUUUCUAAUUCUCGUAAAUUACGAGCUGGUAAAGGUAAACUACGUAAUAGACGCCAUCGUCAACGUAGAGGACCCUUGAUAGUUUAUAAUGAAGACCAUGGAGUUGUUAAAGCUUUUCGUAAUAUCCCUGGAGUUGAAUUGGUUAACGUUAGGAAUUUAAACCUAUUACAAUUGGCGCCUGGUGGCCAUUUAGGUAGAUUUAUUAUUUGGUCUCAAGGAGCUUUUGCUUUGUUGGACGCUCUUUUUGGAACUUAUAAAAAAGCAGCUGAUUUGAAAAAGGAUUACCGGUAUGACAAAAAGCAUCAAAAACGUCCUUAUACUCAAAAGAAAAAUCCUCUUCGUAACAAUGGUGUAAAAAUCCGGUUGAAUCCUUAUGCUAAAGUGUUACAGAGAGCAGAAAUCAUUGCAGCUGAAAAACGCAAAGCGGCAUCGUAA